GUAAUGAAAUUUAAGAAAAUCUACUUCAUGCUUACUUGCAUGCGAAUGAGAGCGCCCCCACAGUUAAGUUUUGAUGCGUUAGAAGCUUAUUAAGCAUUGAAGCAUAGUGUUUUCAUUGGAAUAAAAGUGUCAAUAGUAUUUCCAUGAAUCCUAUGAUUACUAUUGAAGACACCGACGAAGAGGUGAUUGAUUUAGACUCAAGCCAAGAUGCUAUCAACGUUACUGACAAUGACCAAAGUGAAUGGUCAAUUGAGCAAAAUCCAGUAUCGGUCAAUAACGCGGAUAAAACCAAUUUGACCAACGAUGAUACAAAUAGUAACAUAAAUGCAUCUAGAACAAAAACUUGCAAUAGCCCGAGUACGUCAAAACCACUUUUGACGGUCAUAUUCCGAGAUGAAAAUGUUUCACGGCAGUAUAAUAAAAGAAUAAAAGAGUUUCUAGAGGAGUUAGUGUCUUCAAAAAAUAAAUAUCAAGAAAAUGAUAAUGGUUUAACAUUAGAAAUUUGGGAUAAUGAUACUGACUCUGUGAGUCAGUCUGUUGAAAUUACUACAGAAAGCGAUGAUAGUCAAGAUAUAAUAUGCGAUACAUUGUUUACUGUAGAUAAGCAGCCAAAACUUAAAAAUGAGUUUGAUGUUCCAACUUAUGGAAAGAAAUAUGAAAAUGUAUUUGAUGAAACAAAAUCAGAAUCAAAUGAAAAACCCAAGGAUGAUGGUCCACAAAGGUUUAUGUGUUUUAAUUGUUUGGGAAAUCAUAAUUUAAGAGAUUGCACAAAACCACGAGAUUAUAGAACUAUAGAAACAAAUAGGAAAAAUUUCAAUAUGAAAGCAAAUUCAAAAAAUAUUAGAUAUCACUUGGGAAAUAACCAGAAAUUUAGUCAUAUAAUUCCUGGUCAAUUAAGUAACAAUUUACGUAUGGCAUUGGGUCUCAGACACAAUGAAUUACCUAGGCAUAUAUACAAAAUGAGAACACUUGGGUAUCCUCCAGGGUGGUUAGAAGAAGCACGUUUACAACACUCUGGUUUGUCAUUAUUUAAUUCUGAUGGCAUAGCAGAAGAAGAUCCUAAUGAUGAACCAGGAUGUAUUAUUGAAGAAGGAGAUAGAGAUCAGUAUGAUAUAAAAAAAAUUUAUGACUUUCCUGGUUUCAAUGUUCCAGCUCCACCUGAUACUCUCGAUAAGGAUGAAUCUUGGUCAUCAACAAUGCCUAUUUAUAGUAAACAAAGGAUGUUAUUAAAACUAAAAGAAAAAAAGGCAGAUGAUGGAUACAAAAGAAAGAAACUGAAAGUUUUUGAUAAUACAUCAAAAAAUAGUCCAACUCCAGAACCCACUGAAAUGGAAAUUGAAGGUGUAGAAGAUAAUGUGAUAGAGUCUAUAUCUACUAAUGGACUAUUUGUGCCACCACUGCCGCGGGAAUCUCCUGUAAAACCACCAGAACCACCAUUAUCACAAGAAUUCCCUGUAAAACCACCAGUAUCACCAUUCUUACAAGAAUUCUCUGUAAAACCACCAGUAUCACCAUUGAUACAAGAAUUCUCUGUAAAAUCACUAGAACCAUCGUUAUCACAAGAAUCCCCUGCAAAACCAUCAGAUCCAUUACCAAGAUUAACAACUGUAUCUAGUGAUUCAGAUUAUCAUUCUCAAGAAUUACCAUUUCCCGAAUCACUAGAAGAUAAUGCAUCAUUUUCUUCACAAGCGAAUUCCCCGUCAUUAUUCGAAUUGGAAAAUAUGAAAAAACGGCUACUUGUAGAACUUCAAGAAUCAAACUCAAAUUCAAAUAUUUCAUCAAAAAGCAAUUCUUCGAAUUCGAUAUUAAAAUCUAAUGGACCUAGUAAUGAAGUUACUCCAGAAUCGAAUCGUAUUCGUCCAAACGGAGCAAAUACAAGUCAUGGAAGUGUAAAGUCUGUUGACUUAGGUACACCGGUAUUACAAAGUACAUCUCCGUAUAGUAAAUUACCAUCAUCUGAAAAAUUUUCAAAGGAUAUUUGCAGUGUGAUUAAUUUUGAGAAUUUACCAGAUUCAACAGGCAAGUACGAACAAAUGACUGGAGUUUUGCAAAAAGUAAGAAAUACAUUGGCACAACUUCAUCAAGAAUAGUUUUAUGUAUGUCAUUAAGAUUUACGAUAUCAAAAAAGUGAUUAUCAUACUUCAUAAAUGAGCAAUAAUUUCAUUUGACAUAUUAAAAUAAAUAUUUUCAUUAUAUUAUGUUUCUGAUUAGAAAAUUAUACAUAUACUUUUACUUAUUAGGUAAUUUAAAAUAUAUAUCAUUGACAUGAAACAUAUGUUAAUGUUUUUAGAUUAGGGGAUAUGUACAGAUUAUUCUUAUCCUUUGGACAAAAACUAUUCAAUAUAUUAUAAAUUUCCUUUUUUUUUAUCGUGUUAGAUAAAAUGUAAGAUACAUUACCAUUUUUCACAUAAUAGACUUAUGUGGGAAGGAGGCCUUGAAGUAAAAUAUAAUCGUCCUUUUAAUAGGUUUUCCUACGUAUGUCGGAAAAACGUAAAAAAGAUCAUAAUUUUUAACAAAAGUUCAUGUCUCACCUGUAAAAAUACACUAUUUUGUACACUAUAAAUAUAUACUAUUUUUCUAUUAAUUGCAUUAUAGAUGAACAUAAAAUGCUUGAUAUCUAUAAAAAAUUCAAUAAAUUAUUUUAAAUAUUAUGGUACUUUAUCACGGAAUUUUGUCUAUAUGUUCAGUUCAGUAUAAAUUCAGAUUCUUUGUAUAAUAUCAAUGAUUAUUAAACAAAAUAUGUCGAUAUAUGCAUUUAAAAUAUUUGUCAUAUUAUAUAUAAUUGUAAAUAUCUAUGCAUAAUUAUUUUCUUUAACAUAUUAGUUACCACGCGGCAUGUGAAAAAUCUAUCGUUCAAAUUUUGAUUUUUUACACACUAUGUCACACAUUUUCAUUUAUGCAAUGUACUAAAUAGACGAUUAUGAAAUGUGACAUUAAUAUAUAUAUGACAUUAAAUUGAUAAGUUAAUGAAUCAAUAAGUUAUACAUAUAUCAUGGUGGUAACAAACGUGUUAAUAAAUAAUUAAGAAAUUAAUUUCCUUUACUUAUCAGUAAUGUU